AUGGAGUUAUUCAACUCAGCUCUUGGGGAAAACAUCACUUUUGUGCAUCCUGCAUAUUUCAUUAUAAGUGGUUUAUCUGGCAUCAAGAAUAUAAAACAUUACUAUGUCUUUCUCUUUUUUGUUUAUGUUGUUUCAGUGGUUGGAAACACAGCUGUCAUGGCUUUAAUCUACUUGGAUCAUAAUCUGAGAACUCCGAAAUAUGUCGCUGUCUUUAACCUGGCAUUUGUGGACCUUUUUGGUAACUCUGCUCUGGUGCCGAAGGUUCUCGACAUCUUUCUGUUUAACCACCACCACAUCCCCUACAAUGACUGCUUGACAUUCCUUUUCUUCUGCUACACCUGCCUUUCGAUGCAGUCAUUUAAUCUGGUUGCACUGUCCUAUGACAGACUGGUGGCCAUCAUCUUUCCUCUGCAUUACCAAGUGAAAGUGACUCACAGAUUCAUGCUGUCUUUGAUCGCCUCUUUCUGGGCCUUUGUUAUAAUUGCUGUGCUCAUUGCAGUUGGGCUUAUUACAAGACUUUCCUUCUGUGAAUCUGUGGUUGUUAACAGUUAUUUCUGUGAUCAUGGCCAGAUAUACCGACUUUCGUGCAAUGACCAUUUCCCCAAUUAUGUCCUCAGUUGUUUGUACCCAGUUCUUAUUUUCUGGCUUCCACUGGUUUUUAUCUUGUUAAGUUACCUAUAUAUUGGCUAUACUUUGGCUAAAAUGGCCACAGUUCAGCAAGGACUGAAGGCCUUUAAAACUUGUAUAGGUCAUCUUUUAUUGGUGGCGAUUUAUUUCAUCCCACUUUUAAUCACAUUUACCUUAAUGGAAAAAAUACAUCCAAAUGCCAGGAUCAUAAAUCUGUCUCUGACGUCUGUCUUCCCUCCUAUGUUGAACCCAAUUAUCUAUGUUCUGCAGACUCAAGAAAUCAAAGAAUCUUUGAAAAGGUUGUUAAAAAUCAGAGUGAAAUCCAAAAAGAUAACCAUAAUGUGA